CGGGCGGUGCCGCGGCCGUCGCGGCCCUGGGGGGAUGGGCGGAGCCCCAGCCGCCUGUGCUGGUGGCCGCCGCUGCUGCCGUAGUCCGAACGGCCACCUCUGUUCCGGCGCGUCGCUGCUUCCCAGGGCGGUGGUAUGCUGGGGAAGGCGGUAGUCAGCGCUGGCGGCGGCAUCAAGGCGCUGAAACCCUCCUUCGUGUCGUACGUGCGCCCCGAGGAAAUUCACACAAACGAAAAGGAAGUAACAGAGAAGGAAGUAACUCUUCACUUGUUGCCAGGUGAGCAGCUGCUUUGCGAAGCCAGCACCGUCCUGAAGUAUGUCCAGGAAGAUUCCUGUCAGCGUGGGAUCUGUGGGAGACUCGUCUGUACAGACUUCAAGAUCGCGUUCUUGGGCAGUGACGAGUCUGCACUGGAGAACGAUGAAACCCAAUUUAAGAAUAAGGUCAUAGGAGAAAAUGACAUUACGCUCCACUGUGUCGAUCAGAUUUACGGAGUGUUUGAUGAGAAAAAAAAAACUCUCUUCGGACAAUUGAAGAAGUACCCGGAGAAACUCAUCAUCCACUGCAAAGACCUCCGGGUCUUCCACUUCUGUCUGCGGUACACAAAGGAAGAGGAAGUCAAAAGGAUCGUCAGCGGCAUAAUUCAUCACACCCUGGCUCCCAAACUGCUUAAGCGAUUGUUUCUCUUUUCCUACGCAGCUGCUAUACAAAACAGCACAGCCACCAAUCCCAAGAGCCAUACUGUGAUGUUUGACACACUUGAGGACUGGUGUUGGGAGUUGGAGCGGACCCGAGGCAGCGUGAAGUACAAAGCAGUGAGUGUCAACGAAGGCUACAGAGUCUGCGAAAGGUUGCCAGCAUACUUUGUUGUCCCCACCCCUCUUCCUGAAGAGAAUGUGUCACGCUUUCAGGGUCACGGCAUACCAAUAUGGUGUUGGUCCUACCACAAUGGAUGUGCCCUUUUGAAAAUGUCAGCCCUACCCAAAGAACAGGAUGACAGCGUUUUACAGCUGCAGAAGAGCUUCUUGGAUGGAAUUUACAGGAUCAUCCACAGGCCACCCUAUGAAAUUGUCAAAACCGAAGACCUAUCGAGCAACUUCGUGUCCCUGCAGGAUAUCCAGACUGCAUACGCGAAGUUUAAACAGCUGUUUCUGAUAGAUAACAGUGCUGAAUUUUGGGACACAGAUAUAAAAUGGUUUUCUCUGUUGGAAAGUAGCAGCUGGCUUGACAUAAUCAGACGUUGCCUGAAAAAAGCAAUAGAGAUCAUAGAAUGUCUGGAAGCACAGAGCAUGAACGUUCUUCUUUUAGAGGAGAAUGCUUCCGACCUCUGCUGCCUCGUUUCCUCCCUGGUGCAAGUGAUGAUGGACCCCCACUGCAGAACUAGCGCUGGCUUCCAGAGCCUCAUCCAGAAGGAGUGGGUCAUGGGCGGGCACUGUUUCCUGGACCGCUGCAACCAUCUCCGGCAGAGUGACAAGGAGGAGGUGCCUGUGUUCCUACUUUUCUUAGACUGCGUCUGGCAGCUGGUGCACCAGCAUCCCCCAGCAUUUGAGUUCACGGAGACUUACCUGACCGUUUUGUCAGAUAGCCUGUACAUACCUAUUUUUAGCACCUUCUUCUUCAACUCGCCUCAUCAGAAAGAAACCAACAUGGGCAGGGAAGGCCCGGACGCACAAGGCAAGCCUUUGAGCCUGCUCACCGUGUGGGACUGGUCCGUGCAGUUCGAGCCCAAAGCCCAGACGCUGCUCAGAAACCCUCUGUAUGUGGAAAAGCCGAAACUGGACAAAGGCCAGCGGAAAGGAAUGCGCUUCAAACAUCAACGACAGCUUUCUCUGCCACUCACCCAAUCCAAGUCAUCUCCCAAAAGAGGAUUUUUGAGGGAAGAAACAGAUCAUUUAAUUAAAAACCUUCUGGGCAAGAGAAUUAGCAAACUAAUCAAUUCUUCUGAUGAGCUGCAAGACACCUUUCGAGAGUUCUAUGACAGCUGGCACAGCAAGCCCACUGACUACCACGGCCUGCUGCUGCCCUGCCUCGAGGGGCCCGGCGUCAGAGUCUGGGCUCAGCGCUACUUGCGUUGGAUUCCAGAAGCUCAAAUUCUGGGGGGUGGCACGGUGGCCACCAUGAGCAAACUCUUGGAAAUGAUGGAGGAAGUACAGAGCCUCCAGGAAAAAAUCAACGAGGGACAGCGCCCCCAGGAGGCCCUCCAGGCAGAGACCCCCUCCCUGCCGAGGAACUCUACCCGCCUCUCCUCUUUGUUUCCUUUUGCUUUGCUGCAGCGACCGUCCUCCAAGCCUGUCUUGCCCACCAGUGGUUGGAAAGCUUUGGGAGAUGAAGAAGAUCUGGCCAAACGGGAAGACGAGUUUGUGGAUCUAGGGGAUGUGUGACCUCUCUGCUCAGUGGUUGUGAAAGGGGAAUUUUGAAGGUUGGGACAGGAGGCCAACACCCUGACCUCUGGAUGGGUGUGUCACGCUGGCGCUUACUGCUGGGGGAGAGGGCCAUUAGCCCAGAGCUCUGUAGGAGGAGACCUGGGCCUUCCGGAAAAGAGCUGGUACUCGUUUCUUUAGUGGUCCUGAACGACUAUGCAAUUAAAACCUUGUCUCUAGUAUUAUUCAUUGAAAGGAAUUACUACUUGACCCAUAAUAGAACUGCAGCUCUUAUCUGAUGCAUGAGUGUUAUACAGAAUCUGCAGUAGCGGAUUUACUACUAAAAAGGGCUUUAGUAAGAUAUUCUUGGACUCAAUUCUUUCUUCAGAUCCCUUCCGUGCCAAGAUUACGUAUCCAGUCCCUGGGAACAGUCGGCGUCUCUGGCCUGUCUCAGCUCGGAGCAAGUUCGGCCUUAUGUGAUGUGUGUAUGGCGAAUGGAGAGGUUGGGAUGGUGGCAUUGAGAGCUGUGGCAUUGACUUCAACCAUCCACAGCAUUUUUCCUUUCUGCAUCCUCUUGCCUGUAGAAGAGCUGGAGAAAGCCCACCCGUGUCACCCAUCCUGACGUUUCUGACCACCCUGCCCCCUGCAUCGACUGUGUCACUUUGUAGGGGUGCCGACAAUCUAACCACAUGACUCUCUUUCGUGGGCCGAUGACUCCGGGUCCCUCCCUGCCUGCCGCAUCGGGCUUGUCACUCUCCCUCCAUGCCGUGCCACUUGCUCUGGUGCACAGGGCCCCAGGGUCUUGCUUUGAAACCCGUCGGUUUAACUGCAGGGCUCCCUUUGGUCUGCCCAGAGGAGCUUUCAUCCUUCCAGAAACUCCCACUGUUUGCAAGUACUGUGUACCUCAGUACUCGUCGUCAGUUCAUUCCGAGGGGUGGCUGUGAGUGACGACUGGUGAAGCAUUUUCUCUUGCGGGGUGGCAUUGUGACUCAUUCGAGUUCCAGCGAGUGUGAUGAGUGCUGAGCAAGCACUGAAACGUCUUUCUCAUCAGUCGAUGAGGACCAGGUUGACGAGCUCCAAAGCUGACGCGUACCGAGGUGCCACUGUAAUUGUUUUUGCCUUUGUCUAGCAGCAUGCUGAGGCCUCGGGUCAUGUGGGACCAUGGUCCCCUGCAGGAGCCCCUCCGAUGGUUUUCCGCAUUGUCUGUCACCUGAUAGACUGAUGGGGAUCAUUUCUGAAUGGAGCUUUUGUAGGGAAGCAGUGCAACAUUAACGUCAGAAGUGAUGCUUAUCAUAUAGUACCUCAGCAAUUUAAAAAGCCAUAGAAGAAACUUAACUGUGUCUGGUCAUCUUGCAUCUGCUGUCUGGAUGGUCUGUAUUUAUAAAUGCAGGAAAACACACUGUACGAAGAUGAGUUUUUCAUUCUCAGUGGAACCGUAUUAAAUCCCACUAAAGGAAGAGGGGAAUCUAAUGUUAGAAUGUUUCAAAUGGAAUGUUUGCCUUUUGUAUAUAUAUACAUCUGUUCUCCGCUAUAGAUCCCAAAUUAAAUAUUACAUGUUUAGAAAAGCUUUCAGUUGCUCAAGGGCAAGAAGAAGUAUUGAAACUAUUGACCAAGAAGAGUUUCUCGGUUUGCACUGAAUUGUCUUUUGUAUACACCAGAAACUGCUUUGCCCUUCUCCCACUGUAUGGCCAUACACAAGCCAGGGUCAUCUGUCUGGAUGGCCAGAGGUUGAGGGGAGGGCGGGGUCCUGAAUGGGGGCCACGCACGUGUCCAGUCUCAGUUGCCUUAAGAUCCUCACUAGGAGGUUGGUGUUAGGCUGCCAUGGGGGUUGUGAAAGCACACCGGUUCCCUGGCCCCCUUCCCCUGCUCUCUGGGGGCCUUCUUAAACUGGCACUCCCCCGCGCUUCUCUGCCUCACGGUGCCCCAGCACACCGUGCAGCUGUUUUUGUUACCACGGUGUAACGUGAGUAUUUACACAGCGGCCUCUUCAGUCUUAGGGUCUUAGUAAUUUUCAUUCCAGAAAUGCCCGGUGUGAUGCUUUUACACUUCACAACGACGGUUUAAAGAUACAAGGUCAUGGCCCUUGUCAUAGCAGUUGAAUGUGCAUUGAAAUAUUUUUCUAUGAUUUAAAAAAAUUGCAAUAGGAAAAUAAGCUGUUAUAACAAGGAAGGUCAUGACAAUUGGUGUAUUUAUAUUUGAAAUCAGAUUUCUAUAAACUUGUAUUUGUGUACAGGAUUCUCAGUGGGUUUAUAUAUUGUGACAUUUUUAUUCAAGAUCGAAAUGUGGGUUAUGCUGAACAGUUAAAGCUGAAACGAGACCAUUUCCUUGUUUAAAACGCUGCACUGUGCACGUUUGGAAAUGUACAUUAAUUUACUGUAUAUGAUGUCUCGAGUUUGUUUAUACCUCUGAGUUUUUACACUGAAGAUGAAUUAGCUUUAAUUACAUUUAAAACUUUUUUUAAUGGAAUAAGCUGUUGGGCUAAAUCUGUAUAAAUGUGCUUUUUAUUUUCUGGAUGUACAAUGAAAGUUUAUACUUGUAUCUCACUGCAUCGUAUCUGAUUGCAGAAAUUAAAGCACAACUUCCCAGCGGUCCCGUGUUCGGUGUGGUGGAUGAAACGGGGAUGGUUACCUUCACUCAUUCUGUGUGCGUGCGCGUGUGUGGUCGGUUGGCUGGUUGGAGGU